AUGUACCCUGGCCCUAUCAAACAAAAGCUAACUCGGGCAGGAAAGAUCCCUAAAGCGCCUACUACGGUUUGCUAUGAGGGUGGAAAGAAUGGGGAUAUCAUUGUGAUAUGCGACGCUGGUGGUGGAACGGUUGACGUAAUAUCGUACUGCAUAAAGACUGUUAGCCCACUUGGUCUCGAAGAGGUGACCCAAGGUACUGGGGCUGCCUGUGGAUCAAUCUUACUAGACGUGAAAUUUCUGGCAUUGCUGAAGGAGCUCCUCGGAGAUACUGAAUUCAGGCAGGUUUCCUGCAUAUCUAUGCAGGCUGCUAUGCCUUCUUGGCAGGACAACAUCAAGUCCAACUUCAUGUUCGACGAGGGUGACGAUGACGAAUUCCAAGAGAUCGGACACCUCAUCCCAUUGCCUGGUGUGGAGGAUAAGCCAUCUAUAGGCCUUGAAGGUGGCUUCCUUGCACUUGACAGAUGGUCCGCAGUUGCCCGGUAA